UAAAUUCUAAUAUACGAAAACUACGAAAAUUUUGAAAUCCCCAAACUGACAACACUUAAACCCUUCUCUGUUUUCUCCCUCGGUUCUUUGAAACUAACUGCCUUAAACCCUAACAGUCCUCAUGACCCUAACUCGUCUCUCCCGCCAAAAACCACCGUCGCUCUUUAUCACCGUCAGAUUCCUCACUCGCCACCUUUCCACCUCAAAACUCCGUGACCAUUACUCCUUCCAACCACCACCAUCCCUUUCUUUAGAUCCUCAGAAAUCUAAGUCCAAUUCUAACUCACAUAAAAAGCAGAAACCCAAAUACAGACCCCCGUCGUCCCUCGAUCAGAUAAAGCCGAUAUAUUCCGAUUUGCCCUUCGAUUUCCGGUUCAGUUACACAGAGAGCAGCCCCACGGUGAGACCCAUCGGGUUGAGAGAGCCAAAGUACUCCCCUUUCGGACCAGGUCGAUUGGACCGUGAGUGGACCGGGGUUUGUGCCCCUGCUGUGGACCCGAAGGUGAAGUCGCUGGAGGGUACUGAGGAUCCGAAUUUAGAGGCAAAGAGGAAGCUAUUGAGGGGCAGGAUUCAGGGGGCACCUCUUACUGAGGCUGAGAGGAAGUUUUUGGUAGAAAAAUGUCAGAGAAAUAGAAAUAAAAGGCAAAUAAAUUUGGGGAGAGAUGGUUUAACACAUAACAUGCUGAAUGAUAUUCAUAAUCAUUGGAAAUUUGCUGAAGCAGUGAGGAUUAAGUGUCUCGGGGUACCCACUGUCGACAUGAAGAAUGUUUGCACGCAGCUUGAGGAUAAAACAUUUGGAAAGAUCAUUCAGAGGCAUGGUGGUACACUUAUAUUGUACAGAGGCCGGAAUUAUAAUCGCAAGAAAAGGCCUGUAAUUCCUUUAAUGUUGUGGAAACCUCAGGAACCUGUUUAUCCUAGGUUGAUUAAAACUACUAUUGAUGGUCUAAGUAUUGAGGAAACAAAAGAAAUGAGAAAGAGAGGACUGGCUGUUCCUGUUCUAACAAAACUUGCCAAGAAUGGAUAUUAUGGUAGUCUAGUACCCAUGGUGAGAGAUGCAUUUGUUGUCAGUGAGCUGGUGCGUAUAGACUGCACGGGAUUUGAAAGAAGUGAUUACAAGAAAAUAGGCUGCAAACUCAGGGACCUGGUUCCCUGUAUCCUUGUGACAUUUGAAAAGGAGCAGAUUGUGGUAUGGAGAGGACAAGACUAUAAGCCUCCAGAGGAUGGGCAUUUCUUCACCGACCGAGAAUUUUUCGAUGACCCAGGUUGUGAUAUGGAGAGAUCUGAUGAAUAGAGGUAUUCUUCAUCUGUAUUUGUAUGUGCACCCCAAAUGUAACCAUUUAUGUCUUCUCACUUAUCUAAGAAAUGGAAUGGUUGAAAUUGUACAAUCAAAGACCUUGGAGAAAUGCAUGAUUAGAUAAAAGAUAUAUGUCUGUUAUUGCACAGACUACUCAGGAUUCUCACAGCAUCAAAA